GACGACGAGAUUUAGCUUCAAACUCUAAUUUAUCCUUUAAAAAAUUUUCACAGAGAUUCUCAACCUCUAUUGUUGAGAAAUGAAGAUACCAGAGGAAGAAGUUGCACUUUUAGAAGAUUACGUUAGCGAUUCCGUCGACCACCGUGGAUUGCCCGCCGGGAAAUCUUCCACCGGUGGAUGGAGAUCCGCCUGGUUCAUUAUAGGUGUGGAAGUUGCAGAGAGGUUUGCUUACUUUGGGAUUGCCUGCAAUUUGAUUACUUACCUAACCGGACCGCUAGGACAAUCAACGGCCACCGCGGCAGUGAACGUGAACACGUGGUCAGGGACUGCCUCUAUGCUGCCUAUUUUAGGAGCUUUCGUAGCUGACGCUUAUCUUGGUCGUUACCGUACAAUUAUCGUAGCUUCCCUCAUCUACAUAUUGGGGCUAGGAUUAUUGACAUUAUCAGCUUCUUUAAUCAUAAUGGGAUUAUCUGAGCAACGUAACAACGCUUCUGCUAAACCAUCUAUUUGGGUGAAUACACUUUUCUUUUGUUCUCUGUAUUUGGUGGCGAUUGGACAAGGCGGACAUAAGCCGUGUGUUCAAGCGUUUGGUGCGGACCAGUUUGAUGCUGAUGAUCCAAAGGAAGUAAUAGCGAGAGGGUCGUUUUUCAAUUGGUGGUUCUUGAGUUUAUCUGCGGGAAUAAGCUUAUCGAUUAUUGUGGUCGCGUAUGUUCAAGAAAAUGUUAAUUGGGCGUUUGGGUUUGGGAUUCCUUGUUUGUUUAUGGUUAUGGCUCUUGCUAUCUUCUUGCUCGGGAGGAAGAUUUAUAGAUACCCUAAGGGACAUCGUGAGGAGGUUAAUAGUAGUAAUACUUUUGCGAGAAUCGGUAGAGUUUUUGUUGUUGCAUUCAAGAAUCGGAAACUGAGGUUAGAACAUUCGGGUUUGGGUUUGGAUCAAGGUCUAUUGGAGGAUGGUCAGUCCGAGAAACAUAAAGGUCGGCUGAAUUUCCUAGCAAAAGCGAUGAUCUCAAGAGAAGAAGGUGUAGAGCCAUGUAGUGGUAGGGACGUGGAAGACGCGAAGGCUUUGGUAAGGCUUAUUCCAAUAUGGAUCACAUCGGUUGUGAGCACGAUUCCGUACGCUCAAUAUAUUACUUUCUUCACGAAGCAAGGUGUCACGGUGAACAGAAGAAUCUUACCGGGCGUAGAAAUCCCAGCGGCUUCUUUAUUGUCAUUCAUCGGUGUAUCGAUUCUCAUCUCAGUGCCGAUCUAUGAGCGUGUAUUUCUCCCGAUAGCCAGAAUGAUUACCAAAAAGCCUUUUGGGAUCACAAUGCUCCAGAGAAUAGGAGCUGGAAUGGUGCUUUCAGUCUUCAAUAUGAUGCUCGCGGCAUUGGUAGAAACGAAACGGCUAAAUAUCGCUAGGGAACACGGGCUCAUUGACAAACCGGACGCGACCGUUCCAAUGUCCAUAUGGUGGUUCGUCCCUCAGUAUUUGCUACUCGGGAUGAUCGAUGUGUUCUCUCUGGUGGGAACACAAGAAUUCUUCUACGACCAAGUCCCAACGGAGCUAAGGAGCAUUGGUCUCUCACUUUCUUUGAGUGCGAUGGGUCUUUCGAGCUUCUUGAGUGGUUUUCUCAUCACUGUGAUUGAUCGGGCCACUGGAAAGGACGGCUGGUUCAACACUAACCUGAACCGAGCCCAUGUCGAUUACUUUUAUUGGUUGCUCGCCGCUUUCACAGCCAUUGCUUUCUUUGCGUUCUUGUUUAUCUCCAAGAUGUAUGUGUAUCGUCGGCUAGACCAAGUCUAAAUUCAGAAGACAAGUUUCGUUGACUUUCAUAUCAAUUUGUGGUUCUAACUUGUAAGUUAACGUGUAUCUAGUUUGAUUUGUUUUUAUUAUACUUUAGUUUUAAUAAAAAUUAUACUUUAGU